UCCCUUCCUUGCUUGACCCGUCAGCUAAUCAGCCUUUCUGGAAAACGAGGGGCUUCCGAAAACCACCCAAGGAUUUUUUUAGCAAAGUCAGCAAAUCUCCACCUACCCUGGUCAGGGAACCCCCAGCUGGGCAGUUCUUUAAAAAGGAGGACGGGAGCGGCUGUUGUCAUUCGAGGUGGAGCCUGUAUCUCCAAGAUGGAGAUCCACCCUGGGAGAAUCCUGCUGGUGCUCAGCCUUGUGGUGAGAGGCAGCGUUUGGGCUGUGGAGGGAGAGAUCCUGAGUUACGACGCUGCUCUUUCCUUGGCUGUCAAUCUCUACAAUCAGGAGUCCGGAUGGGAUGUUGUCUUCCAGCUGCUGGAAGCCAAACCUCAGCCUGAGUGGGAUCCCUCAAGUAAAGCUCGUCAGAAGCUGGACUUCACCUUGAAGGAGACAACGUGUCCAACUUCUCAGAACCUGAACCUGGAGGUCUGUGACUUCAAGGAACAAGGGGUGGUGGUAGAAUGUUCUGGAAGUUCCUUAGCCCAGCCUGGAGCGCCCAUCAUCCAAUUCAGCUGUGAGACUGCCACUCAGGGGAACCACCGUGUCAAGCGGAAUGGUUUUCGCAAGUUCAUGAGAAGACUGAAGAAAUUUUUUGCCGGAGGGGGAUCAUCCAUUGCACAUAUAAAACUUCAUUGAUGGGUGCGGAGUGCAUGAGAAGGUGAAGACAUGCUGCCCACGUGGGCUGACCCGGGCCAGUGGACAGCUCCUUUCUUACGCACCGGGAUGGAAGAAUCAACCCUGUGAAGAUGGUUAGCUGGUCUUCAAAGCGGUGCUUUCUCCGGGGGCCGAAAGAGCUUCAGAGCCCCCUUCAUUCUCUGCAACUCUUUACUGCCUUCAUAAUAAACUCCUAUCUGGUCUGCA